CUCUCUUUGGUUCCCAUCACCUUCGUAUUUCCACAAUAUAGAAUUCAUUGUCCCCACAAUUUGCCUAUCAUGUUCCAAAGUUAAAUACAAGUCUUCAGCGACCUAACACAAUCUUCAGUCUUCAAAAUCUCCACACACCAAAAAAGAAAAAAAAAGAAAAAAACCCUCUUUGGAGUAGAAGAAAAAUAAAGAGGAAGCCAUGGUUUUAGCCUCCCAAAAUGAACUACCAUUCAAUGAGAAUGACUCACAAGACAUGACUUUAUACCAUGUUCUAAAUGAAGCCAAUCAAACCAUGGCUCUCAACACUUCUUUUGUACCCCAAAGACACCAAAUCAAUACCUCAAGCAGCCUAGAACCAGCCCGGAACAUUGGCAAGAAACACUAUAGAGGCGUGAGGCGUAGGCCAUGGGGGAAAUACGCGGCGGAGAUUCGUGAUUCAGCACGACACGGUGCCCGUAUAUGGCUAGGCACAUUCACAACCGCGGAAGAGGCUGCCUUGGCUUAUGAUAAGGCUGCUUUUAGGAUGCGUGGUGCUAAGGCUCUCCUUAAUUUUCCAGCUGAAGUGGUGGCUGCUUCUUCUGUUCAAAGAUUUAAUCCAAACUCAAGCAUGGUGAGCUCAACUAGGCAUGAUUCAGAAUCAAGUGGUAGUUCUAGCACACAUUCCAUUGGGAAUUCAAGGUUAGAAUCUGAAAGUAGCUGUAGCACAGCUGGGGAGGCCGGAGGGGUUUGACAACCUAGAAAAAUAGGAGCUUGGUCAAUUAUUUAUUAUGUCUAGCAUACAUAGGGACAUCAAAUUUCAUGUAAUACUAGGAUGUAGGUGUGUGUGUGAAGGUUUUUUCAUUUUGUUUUGUCAGUGUCCUUAAUUUGACGGGUCCUUGCUUGUGUAUAUAAAAGAGGUCUAGUUGCUCAUAAAAAAAAAAAACCAAAAAAAAAAAAAAAAAAAAAAAAAAAAAAAACAAAAAAAAAAAAAAAAAAAAAAACCAAAAAAAAGAGGUCUAGUUACGAAGUUUGUGUUGCUUAUUUCCUUUGCAAAUGGUGAGAAAUGCUCGAAUCUACCUGAAAUGUACAUCUCAUUCAUUUUAAUGUAAUAAGAAGGCCAGUAAGGCCACAGAAA